CUGGGACAGUUUUGGAACCGAGCUGGAGUACUAAAGAAUUGAACAGAAGCAAAAACCGAACAUGGAUCUGAAACAUUAAUCUUCUCUCUUCGUCCACACAGGCUGCCUGAGCUGCCGAGUUUUGCCAGCAUUUUCUGUCCGUGUUUGAGGAAUUGAAUUGUUCAGUACCGGCACCGGAUUGCUGUAGCACAACACACUGCCUGGGUUUGCACCUGCUCUUUUCUCCGACGCUGCCUUCCCGAGUAUUUUGAAAGAGGAAUGUUAUCAAGUCUGUCUGGAGAUAAAAUUCUUUUAGAACCAGCUUUUGAAAAUAACAAACGAAAAUUAAACAGUCCCCUUCAUAGAUAAAAGAAAACUUCUAUCUCCUCAAUGUGAAAAUGCUGGUUUCAGUGUUCCACUUAUUUACACUGUGUGUGACAGAGAUCUCAGCCAUAUCCAUGACCAUCAUUAAUGCAACUACGGGUGAACAGGUUUUAUUUCCCGUGCCUAUCCAUUGUGGAGCUCAGUAUGAAGUAACAUUUCUAUCAAAAUCACCAAUUAUUGCUAAACUUGCUUCAUGGGGAAUGGAGACAUUUCACAAACAUACAUUCUAUGAGACCAGAUUGCAAAGACACACAAAUGACUCUCUGGUACUGCAGAAUGUGCAGAUUAAUGACACAAAACUGUAUGGAAUACAAAUCGAAUGCUAUGAUACAGUAGUGAUGCCGAUGACCGAAACAGUAUUUGAUUUGCGAGUGUUUGAGCCAGUUUCAAAGCCUUCAAUGACAAUAUAUUGUUCAAUUACAAGUGUCAACCUCAGCUGCUCCGUCUCCAAGGGAACAAAUGUCACAUUGUACUGGGAAGAACAAUCUUUGUCUGGAACCAUCCAUAGAAUCUAUGAGGGAGCGAAAUUGGUGAUAAAUUAUGGCCAAGAACAGGACCAAUACAAGUACAAAUGUGUAGCACAGAAUCCAGUCAGCAAUGCAACCAGUGACCUACAGAUACUAGAGAUGUGUAAUGGCGAUAUUUCUAAAGUUCAGAGACUGACUUGGACAACUCGCAAUUUUUGUGCAUCAAUAUUGCUGUUAGCCUUGAUUGUAAUUGCAUACAUCUGCUACAAAGUGAUCAUCUGUGAUAAAAGAGGCAGAAUCAACAAUUGACAACAUUGCACAUGUUGAUGAGAUCCUUUACAACUUGGCAGAUAUGAGAGUGGAAAGAGCCAUAGCUCCAGUGUAACUAUUCCAACUUCACUUUUUGAUGUUACACUUCCUACUUGCUUCUUGACUAUCUCACAGUUUUAUGGCUCCAUGCAAGUUUACAGAUUACCUGUAGAGUGACAUGCCAAGCUACAAAGGAAAGCAUCACUGUAAGGAAUUGCUUAUAUUCAUAUCAACACAUUUGAGGCAAACCUGUGUAUAUAGCUAUUGGGGAAUGUGCUGCAGUGAUAGUGUCUCUACCUCUAGACUAGGAGACCUGGGUCCAAAAUGGAUAAUAACAUCUCUGAGCAGGUUGUUUGGGAAAUACCUAUAACAGUUGGAUUAGUCUAAGGAGGACACUUGAAUUUUAAAAAAAGAUUAUGCAUUUAAUUCAGAAGGUAUUUCUGUUGUGGCAAUUUUAAUUCAUAUGUA